CCCAAGACCCUGCAUUCACUAUAUCUGGUCUCCCACAGAGCAUAAAAGAAGGAUGUCAUGUUGUAACCCCCCCCUGAUAGUACUUGAAGUGUUACUAAACCCAGGACCCUGCUUCCACUAUAUCUGGUCUCCCACAGUACACACAACAUGGAAAUGCAAUUAUUUUCGUAAAUAUAAACUGCUAAAUACCUCAUACCUUUUCUCAUCAGCAGUUAGAGCAGUCUUGUGACUUCUAUCAGUGUCCAGCAGAGCACUGGUUAAAGCUUGUAGGAGGAGUUCUCUUUCUGCUCUAG